AUGGAUGCCGAUAGAAUCAGUGCAGUUUUACGUGCUCGAGCUCAAGUGAUAGCUGCAGAAGAAUAUUUGUCGAAGGAAAGAGGUGCUCUGGGUCCUAGCGAUCAUUACAGUGACAUGCACAGAGAUGCCCUUUCUGCAGCGCUGAAGGAAGAGCAAAAAGUGGAAGACUUACUAGCAACGCGACAAGAGCAGUUGGAUCAGAUUAAAACACUGUCAGCAAAUAUCGAUUCAGAGAAACUCAGUCAUGCUAAGGAGCUCCUCAGAAAGAAACAGGAGCUUAUGGAAAAGCAAGAAGAACUGCACUCUUUUUUGAAAUCUAAAAAUAUGACAAUCUCUGAUCUUCUUGCCCAGAAAGAACAUGUAAAUGACCACGGCGCUAAAAUGUUGCUUCUUAAGCAGCUCACAGAGGAUUCCGAGCAACUCGAGCAGGAUUGCCGACAAGAUGCCCUUUCUGCAGCACUGAAGACAGAGCAAAAAGUGGAAGACUUACUAGCAAAGCGACAAGAGCAGUUGGAUCAGAUUAGAAUACUGUCAGCAAAUAUCGAUUCAGAGAAACUCAGUCACGCUAAGGAGCUCCUCAGAAAGAAACAGGAGCUUAUGGAAAAGCAAGAAGAACUGCAGUCUUUUUUGAAAUCUAAAAAUAUGACAAUCUCUGAUCUUCUUGCCCAGAAAGAACAUGUAAACGACCACGGCGCUAAAAUGUUGCUUCUUAAGCAGCUCACAGAGGAUUCCGAGCAACUCAAGCAGGAUUGCCGACAGUAA